AUGAGUGCCGACGAAGUCUCUCGGAUGUUCAUGCCUCGCAAAGCCGCCCAGCGCACCACCUCGUCCUCGUCCAUUGCUUCAUCUGCAUCCUCGAACUCGACCGUCUCUGCAUCGUCAGUGCAGACCAACGGCGCGCCCGUCGACGGAUUUGCAAGAAAGAAACCUGCACGCAGCCUAUGGCCGCCGUCGAAGGCCGAGCCCACAGCAGGUUUGUCCACAGCGCGGCCACAAUCGGUGGCUUCUUCAACGUCGGGGCCGUCCGCAGCUUCUGGGCUGUCGGCGCUACAUACUCCAUCAUCGAUGCUGCCAUCACAAAACGGCGUCCAACCGCAGAAUCAGCUCAAUGGCGCGCCUAGGCCGCAAGGACAGCCGGAGUCCGCUGCUAUACUCCACCUGUUGCCGAUGAACGGCACUUUCGAGCGGAAGACCAUCAGCGUCCCAUUUUAUCCAGAUGUCCUACGCAUAGGCCGACAGACGAACAACAAGACCAUACCGACUCCGACAAACGGCUACUUUGACUCCAAGGUGCUUUCACGACAGCACGCCGAAGUAUGGGCAGACCGCAACGGCAAGAUAUGGAUUCGAGACGUCAAGUCCUCAAAUGGCACUUUUGUCAAUGGGCAAAGGCUGUCGCAAGAGAACAGAGAUUCCGAUCCUCACGAGCUGCGCGAGCAAGACAUGCUAGAGCUGGGGAUCGACAUCGUCAGCGAAGACCAGAAAACAGUAGUGCAUCAUAAGGUCGCCGCGCGAGUGGAACAUGCGGGCAUAUACACGAAUGGCAACAACAUGAUGGACAUGAACUUUGGUGACCUUGAUCCGUCCGCAAACGGUGGUAUGAUGAACGCACCGAUGGGUCAGAACAUGGGUCAGCUAAGAGCUCGGAAUGGAAGUCAAGGAUCCAUGGUCAGCAACGGACGGCUAGGCGGCGGGAUGGGUGGCAUGGUGAACAACGUGGGAGCAUUGGGUCAGACGCCAGGCAUGCUAAUACGGCCAUGGCUGCAGACCAUUACCGUGGAGCAGGUUGUUAAGAAGCUAAACUCGGAAAUCAGAAGUGCCAAGCAGCAGUCCAUCGACCUACAGCGAGCGGGCCAGUAUGUCGACUCGCUUCUGGCAGGCGAACUGAAGAAGGAGGGCGCCAAGCUUUUGAACGUGCCUCAGUCGAAGCUCUCGCCAGUCAAGGGAGACCUGAAAGCACGGUUCUCGGAUCCGCCGGCGCCGCCGCCUCAGCAGCCGUUACCCGAAAAGCCGGACGCCGCUCGCAUUACAGCUGAAAGUGUUUUGCCCUUACUACGGAGGAGUGAUACGGCGAAACCAAAACUACCAAUGGCUGACAGCUCACCGCUACGGUCUGAUCAAGGUUUACAAGUCACGUCGCUUGUUGAAGCCUUGACGUCGGCGAAGAAGGAACUUGAAUCGCAGAACGGCCGCUUGAAAGAUCUGGAGGAGCUGCUAGCGCAAGAGCGGCAAGCUAGGGAAAGCGCAGAAGAACGCGCGCAACGUCUAGAAAUGGAGUCCAAGAAGGAUCUAGUAGCUCUGGAUGACACCGCUCCGAACGAGGACUUGGAAUCCACACGCCAAAUUGUUUCUGGGGAUGCGAGCUCGGACACGGCAGCCGUUGACGCCUCAACUUCUAGGUUGCAGAAACGGCUUGAGCUUUUGGUUGCUGAAUUGGGGGAAGUGAAAGAGCAGUUGGAGAAGGAACGAUUCAGUCGAAGAGAUGCGGAGGCUGAGCGCGAUGCGGUGCAAGAGACAUUGGCGGAAAUGGUUGAGAAGCUCAGACAAAAGCAAGAUGAGCAAGCAUCGCGCGCCUCCCCCGAUCGAGCACCAGUAGCCAAUGGCGACAUUGAGAAGAAGAGAGAAGAGGAGGAACAGUGUCUGAGCACAGCUGCGAUGCUCAGAAAGGUAGGUAUCGAGCAGAAUGGUCGGCCGGUCACUCCCGAGCAGGUCAGGGAGUUGGAGCAGGCCAUGUCCCAGGCGUUGGCGACGAAGUUCGGGAAGGGAGAUCAGCUUGUGCACCUUUCGCCGUUCGCGGCUGCCCUUGCCGUCAUCCUCACCGGCAUCGGUCUGAUGAGCUACCUCAACGGGCUCCCGAAGAUCGAGCGAUGA